AGACGCAAGGAAGAUCCAAAAGCAGCGUAAGCGCCAAACUUUGUCAUCUCUGUCAAAUUCCAUCCGACGGCUGUAAUGAAUCUUCAGCCACCAAAUCCAUCUCCACCGUCCAUAGGCUCCUGCUUUCCACAACACAUUAACCUCGUCUCUUCAGCCUUGGCCUUUUCAUUUUCGUUUCAAUUCUCAGAAAUUGGCAUCGGUUUUCUCUCUGAGUUAUGAUAAUAAGGCAAAAGAUCACAUUUUUUUGGGUACCCAUUUGAGAAUAAAUAUGGUAAGCCAAAAAAAAACUCACAUUAUUCUCUGUUUUCCUUCGUUAAAUUGAUUCUUGGGUUUGUUCUUUCCAAAGAUGAAACAGAAAUCAAUGUCGGCGCCGCCGUGGUUGGAGCCAUUGUUGAACACGGCGUUCUUCUCAAUCUGCCACACGCACGGCGAAUCCGCUAGGAGUGAGCGGAAUAUGUACUGUCUUGAUUGCCACUGCGAUGCAUUUUGCUUCUAUUGCCGCUCAUCUCACCACAAGGAUCAUCAAGUAAUUCAGAUAAGGAGAUCUUCGUAUCAUGAUGUGGUAAGAGUGGCAGACAUCGAAGAAGCUUUGGAUAUAAGUGGCGUUCAAACUUAUGUUAUUAAUAGCGCCAGAGUCAUGUUCUUAAACGAGAGGCCUCAACCCAAAGCUGGUAAAGGAGGAGCACAUAUUUGUGAAAUUUGUGGGAGAAGCUUAUUGGAUCCAUUUCGAUUCUGUUCACUCGGCUGUAAGCUUGUAGGAAUGAACAGAAAUGGGGAUGCCAGCUUUAGCUUGGAGACGAAGAAAGAGGCAAUGGUAAUGGAAAGAAGAGAAGGAAUUUCAUCAAGGAGAAGAAAAGGCAUUCCUCAUAGGGCACCUUUUGGGUCCUAAUUAUUGCCUUCCAAACCAAUUCUUUGAAGCCUUUAAUCAUUUUACAUGCCAUAAUUUGGGGUCAUUGUCCAUAAAAGUAUAGGGCACUCCUCCAUAUUGAUAUGUCCCUAAAAAUAAAUUUUUAAAAAAAUAUCAUUUUUUUUUUAAAAUUUUUAUAGGGUCCCAUAUACAACAAAUUCUAUCUUGAGGAUGUGAAGAACCAAUAAUGGAGGAAUUGUUAUGUUGAUAAUUGCAAGGUGUA